GUUCCAGGGCCCCCGCGACCAAAGAAAUUUCAAGGAACGGCAUCUACUUGCCGUGUAAUGUACAACUAGUACUAACUACCUAGUAUACAUACACACAAAGAAAACAGCAGAUGCAUUGGACUAAUUGGAUGAGAUUGAUGGUACAGACAGUCUAGUACGUCUAGUACGUCUAGUACAUGUACCAAGCCUACAAGGCUAUGACAAUAGGUAACCAACAUAACUAACAUAACUAACAUUGACUUUGUGGGUAUCACGUAUUUAAGCUGUACUCCCCCUUCCCACCCCUCGUCGUCCUUACACAUUGUUUUCUUCGUUCUACAUAAACAUUGAACAUUAUUACUCACCAUCUUAACUCAAACAACUCUUUCCAAGUGUUGCGCUCAAUAUACAUCGUUCGAUACCCAUUCUUGAUUCAAAUCGAAAACCCCAACUUAACUCACAAUGCCUUUCACCGCAAGUGAUAUUUGCAAGAUCAUUCUUGCCAUCAUCCUACCGCCUCUAGGCGUCUUCCUAGAGCGAGGAUGCCACGCUGACCUAUGCAUCAACAUUCUACUCACCCUUUUGGGUUACAUCCCUGGAAUCAUCCACGCGCUAUACAUCAUUCUGAAAUAUUAGCACGAUGGAGCUUUCUCUCCAGUCUUGAGACCCACCGCGACGUUUCCCUCUUCUUUUGUCGUGCAAGCAGGACAGCAUAGCCGGGAUUUCAAGCAUGAGACGGCAUGGACGGAAAAAACAAAACAAAGAAAAACAAAAAGGUUGGACCAAUGAUGUGACAGCAUAAUGGUUCCUGGUUCUUUUCUUCUUCGAGACGUCUUGCGUGGAUCCAGCCAUGGUACGACGCUACUUGACUCGACUCGCCUCGACUCGACUAUUUUACCAUUCUUCGACGUUGCGCUAGACUGAAGUGGGGUGUUGAUCAUUGGUAUGGUUUAUUUUUGGGGUUCUGGAAUCGACGUCACCCGACUUUUUCGUUCCCAGCCAUCCGAACAAGAAAAAACCUUGCCCAUGUCUAGUCCACCCGCUUUUCGCCAAUUCUUUCCCGACAAUCAUCUACGCCAAUGUCUUCGUUUUUCCUCGACCGGUUUUUUUAUUCUCUCUUUUCAUUCUCUUCGAUAUUUCCUAUCAUGGGAAAUCUCACCUAAUAAUGAAUAACCGUAACGGACGGGCGGAUGAGUCGGACGGUCUUUGGCGGUGGCAUGGGGAAUGAAUCUGGGGGUCAGCUGAGCAGUCCAAUUGGCUGCUGCUAUGUGUCUGAAUGACGGUUCUAGAUUUGCUACUUGCAAUUAAUGAUUAUGAAUUUCGAUACCCCCUUUAAAAAUCAUUAUUCCUCUACAAUUUGUCUCAUCAAUAUGGC